AUGAGUACCAUGAAGUUUUGCCGUGAAUGCAAUAAUAUUUUAUACCCGAAGGAAGAUAAAGAGAGGAAGAUUCUGCUGUAUGCCUGCCGCAAUUGCGAUCAUCAGGAGGUUGCUGAUAACAACUGUGUGUACAGGAAUGAAAUACACCAUUCGGUUGGGGAACGAACACAAGUCUUGCAGGAUGUAGCUGCUGAUCCCACUCUGCCACGUACAAAGUCUGUUCAAUGUGCGAAUUGUGGCCAUGGAGAAGCUGUUUUCUUUCAGGCUACUGCUAGAGGAGAAGAAGGAAUGACUCUGUUCUUCGUGUGCUGCAACCCGAAUUGUGGGCAUCGCUGGAGGGAUUAA